AGACUUUUAACUCGGCCUAUCUUUGAGAGUCCGGUAGAGGCCCAGAGCGGAACUGGUACUGUGUGCACCUAGGGCUCGCUUAGGGCCUUGUUCUGGCUUAGCGCCAACGCCCCUCCCGUGACUUUUCACUAAUCCCGAAUAGGCAAUCCAUGCCAUCAUCGUCUGAGUGCAUCUGAUCCGCAUGAUGCAGUUUAGUCUCUAGAUCGAAAUAUCUCCGUAUAUCUCUCGCGUUUUAUUAUUUCCGAAAUACAGGUACCACUCCGUUCUAUACCUCACCGAUCUAGCACUUGAUAUUUCUCUCCCACCCACACCACCUCGUACACUCUACAUUGUCCCGCUCCGGCGUCAUGGAUUCCCCCGCCGUCCCCGCUCCGUUGGAUCCGCAAGAACAGCCAAUUCUCGACCGUCUGCUGCGCACCCGCGACGCUCUCCUGCUUAUCAAGCAGGACAAGUCCUCUUACAUCAAGUCUCGCGACGUGCUUCCGCUAUACGAGGAGGUGAUUUCAGAGGUGGAAAAGCUCAAUGCCGUUCGGAAGGGGAAAGACCGCCGGCUGCCACAUAACCGACUUGACUAUGUACUGGAUGAUUGCUUUCAAUUGAUCUCGUUGCUGUUCUUGACAGUUGGUCGGAACAAUGAGGCACCUGCAGUGUAUUCCUUGGCAACUACAGUUCAGCGACUUCUUGAUCACCUGCAAGAGGCUGGCUUCUACAGUUCUAAAGACCUCAGCUCCAUCACAAAGACUCUCGCUCAUGUUGACGAAACCAUCGACCGCUGUCGCAAUGCAUACUCCCCCGCUUUAUUGACACUUCUAGAGAGCCGACUGGAGAAGUGCCGGCUUUUAUUAGACAAGUUACAGGGUGAUCUUGCGCAGCUGAGCCCCGAACUUGUGUCUACUCAUGAGACACUUGUGUCAAUCCUGCGGUCAACCUCUGCCGUCAACACUCGUUCAAAGUUCUCCGCGUCGGAGGUGAAUGGGCUACGGGAUCAAUUGAAGAAGAUCCAGGAUUCUUUGAAAGACGGCAAUUUUGUUGGCGCUGAUGGGCAACCUCUCCCUGGACAGGAGAAUGUGAAAGGCUUACUAGAACGAUGCUGGCAGUGGACGGAGAUUGUUCUGCAACGGGAGGGAAAGAUUGAUGAGCGGUUCCAAGACCAGUACGAGCGGUUGGUUGACAUUCGCAACCAACUUGAUCGGCUGUCUGUAACACAAGCGUGGUCUCUCCGCGAGACCGAUCUGUUCGGCUUUCAACGAAAACUCGAUCGUAUUGAUGAGGCACGUGUGAAUGGAAACUUUGUCGAUACGGAAGGACAACUGGCGGAUAUUCAUGCGCAACGGACCCUUCUGUACUUGAUCAGGAGGAGCUAUGGAUACAUCUAUGCGCUUCUAAUCUCGUCAGAACCGGUAUCUGAGGCAUUGUUACCGGUGUAUAACCAGCUCCAAACGCUGAAGCGCUGCCUCCUUGAGGUUAAGGAGUCUGGCGGCGUGGCGAAUUCGCGUGAACUUUACCCAUAUAGUAUGAAGCUGAACUCCAUUGAUAAUAUGCGAGUAGAUGGGAAAUUCUACGUGGGCAGCGACAUCCCCGAGGGACAGGGCAGUGUGAAUUCACUAUUAGCGGAAUGUUACGAUAUUGUAUGGGAGCUGCGGGCGGCCGUGCAAGAAGAUGAGGACCGGAAUGCCUAAUUUGGUAUUCUUUCUUUCUUUCUUUCUUUCUUUUUUUUAACCAUUUCUCAUGUAUUAAUGGCGAUCUGGAGGAAAUCUUGGGACGAACUUGGUUUGUUCGAUCUCGGCGAUCGUGAGGCUGUUUGCUCUUCUCGUAUUUUAACGGCGUUUUGUCUGGCGCAUUGCCAACUGUGUUGUUGCUCCAUGUGGUACUAGUAGUAGUUGUCAUCAAAUCUACUAAUGUCAAAACUUAUCAAGUGGGUAA